AUGUCAGGCAUAGACAACAUGGACCGAGGUUUCUUCCGGAAGGUGGAUGUGCCAGACCACGCUCAUUACAUCGUGGCCUGCUUUGUCGUGGUGAUUGGAGCGGUAGGGGUCGGUGGGAACGCCCUGGUGAUGUACGCCUUCUUCAGUAACAAGAAGCUUCGGACUCCUCCCAACUAUUUCAUCAUGAACCUGGCAGUGAGUGACUUCCUCAUGGCCAUCACACAGUCCCCCAUCUUCUUUGUCAACUGUCUCUACAAGGAGUGGGUGUUUGGAGAAACAGGCUGUAAGAUGUACGCCUUCUGUGGGGCCUUAUUUGGAAUCACCUCCAUGAUCAAUCUGCUGGCUAUCUCCAUUGACCGUUACAUCGUCAUCACCAAGCCCCUGCAGGCCCUGCACUGGACCUCUAAACGCCGCACCUCCGUCGUCAUCGUCAUGGUCUGGCUCUACUCGUUGGCUUGGAGCCUGGCGCCUCUCCUGGGCUGGAGUUCCUAUAUCCCGGAGGGCCUGAUGACAUCCUGUACGUGGGAUUAUGUGACCUCCACACCAGCCAAUAGGAGCUACACUCUAAUGCUAUGCGUCUUUGUGUUCUUCAUCCCUCUGGGCAUCAUCUCUUACUGCUACCUAUGCAUGUUCCUGGCCAUACGCACCGGUAGUAGAGACAUGGAGAAGCUGGGCAGUCAGGUAAGGAAGUCCACCCUGAUCCAGCAGCAGUCCAUCAAGACUGAGUGGAAGCUGGCCAAGAUUGCCUUUGUAGUCAUCAUCGUGUAUGUGAUGUCCUGGUCUCCCUACGCCUGCGUCACCCUCAUCGCCUGGGCUGGCUAUGGAAGUACCCUCAGCCCCUACUCCAAGGCAGUCCCUGCUGUCAUAGCCAAAGCCUCAGCCAUCUAUAACCCCUUCAUCUAUGCCAUCAUCCACUCCAAAUAUAGAGACACUCUGGCAGAGAAGGUUCCCUGUCUGCACUGCCUGGCCCAGACCCCUAGGAAGGACUUUAUCUAUGUGUCCAACAGUGAGUCCUCCUUCAGGGACUCCAUGCUCAGCAGACAGUCCUCCACCUCCAAGACCAAGUUCCAUAGAGUGUCCUCUAUGUCCACCGGAGACACAAUGAGGAGUGAUGUCGAGCUGGACCCCAUGGACAAGCAGGGCCAGUCUCUGAGAAUCAGCCACUCCUCUGGAGCUCUGAGAGUGAAGGAGUGCAGACAGUCAUCCCAGCAGCGGGCCAAGAUAAGGAACAGCAACAGCCAGGAAAAGUGUGAGAGGGGCUCACUGAGCUGCUGUGACCACGACCUGGUGUCUGAAUCUGUCAACAUGGCCACCGUGCCCCUCCUUAUGACCAGAGAGGAGGCUGGAGAGGGGUGGCAGGGGGAGGACAAGGAGAAGACCCAGGACAGAGUCCUCCAGUCAGCCCUUGAGGUGGAGGCCCCUCCACCCCCAGCCUCACCCCCCAGGUCCCCCAGGACCCUGAUCCACAACAAACACAGACACUCUGAGGUUUCCCAGAUCAUCAUCAUCCCCUUGUCAGAGACGACGGGGGACUAUAAGGGGGAGGAGCACGGAGCGCAGAUCCGUGAGAAGAACUUGCUACUGGGCCUGCAGAGUUUAAACUGCUCCACUGAACUGCUGGAGUCGGUAGAGAAAUUCCUCUCCUGAAACACCCCUGUUGAGUCUGUCUGAAGGUUUUGUGGUGUGUGCAUGAUGUGUGGAUGUGUUACUGUCACAUUACUGUACAAUACAGACAAUCGAGAGCAAGUGAGGAUUGUUAUAGUCCAAGGAGGUUAUACAUACACUGUAACUGAAAACGGUCAAUUAUACGCACAUUUUGGGUAUUAUCAAAAGUAAAAUAAUCUGAAACAUUUUUCUGCAGCAUACUAUAAAUUGUGGUGCAUUGUGGGAAAAUUUUGUGGGCAGGGAAAGAGUUGCUGUAUUUCGAAUGGUACUGUAAUUCCACCCCACAGAAUACAGUAUCUUUGGAGCAUUCUAUCUGUACAAAAACCUUUUGACCACUAGUGGGUGCACGGCAUUGUAGUUUCUGUCUCAUUAACAUAUUUUGUGGUGUGGUAAGAAGAUAUUUUUAUUGCACCCGGGAGUGAGAAUGCUGCACCAAUUUAACUCAUAUGUGGUUAAGUGUCCCAACAAUUUGUACAGGGGCCAGAUUAUAGCUGCAAUAUGUAACUUUUUGGGCAACCUGACCAAAUUCACAUAUAAAUGUGAGUUAUAGAUUUGUCAUUCUCAUUGAAAGCAUGUCUAAGAAGUGGUAGAUCUGUUAUAUGCGUGUUAUUUAUAUGCUUCCUGUUCAUAAGUUGUGUUUUUGAAUCUUUUACUUUCGGUUUUGUAUACCAGCUUCAAACAGCUGAAAAUACAAUAGUUUUGGUUAUGGAAAAUAUAUUUCACAGCAGUUUAGAUGGUACAAUGAUUCUAUAUACACUAUACUUGUUUGUUUUGUCAUAUAAACUGAAAUUAGGCAAACUAUUAGAAUUUUUGCAACCAGGAAAUGGCGGUGCGAUUUCUGCAUAGUGCGUCUUUAAACCUUAGAUGGCUGAGCAUUUUGCCAUGUCCUUUUGGUCUGUUUUGCCCUGUAGUUGCUGCCUUUGUUAAGGCCUCCAGAAGUGCAAGUAAUUUAAAACACCAAAUAUUUAUUAUUAUAAACUGGGUGGUUCGAUCCCUGAAUGCUGAUUGGCUGACAGCCAUGGUAUAUCAGACCAUAUACCACGGUUAUGAAAAAAACAUUUAUUUUUACUGCUCUAAUUACGUUGGCAACCAGUUUAUAAUAGCAAUAAGGGGGUGAAGUGACUAUGCAUAUAUAGUAAACAGCGAGUGCUGUAAUCACUACUGUUCUCGCAGUCGCAACUGUGUGUAGCCAGCAGUAGUGGGAAAAGUACACAAUUGUUAUACUUGAGUAAAAGUAAAGAUACCUUAAUAGAAAAUGACUAAAGUUAAAGUGAAAAUCAUCCAGUAAAAUACUACUUGAGUAAAAGUAAAAGUAUUUGGUUUUAAAUAUACUUAAGUAUCAAAAGUAAAUGUAAUUGCUAAAAUAUACUUAAGUAUCAAAAGUACAAGUAUAGAUCAUUUCAAAUUCCUUAUAUAAAGCAAACCAGAUAGCACCAUUUUCUUGUUUAAUGUAUGUAUAACCAGGGGCACACUCAUACACUCUGACAUAAUUUACAAAGGAAGCAGAUCAGAGGCAGUAGAGAUGACCAAGGAUGUUCUCUUGAUAAGUGUAUGAGUGAAUUGGACCCUUUUGAGCAUUCAGGGAAAAUGUAUGGAGUAAAAUGUACAUUAUUUUCUUUAGGAAUGUGGUGAAGUAGAAGUAUAAGUUAUCAAAAAUAUGAAUAGUAAAGUAAAGUCCAGAUAACACAAAAAAGGACUUAAGUAGUACUUUAAAGUCUUUUUUACUUAUUUACACCACUGGUAGCUAGCCAAUCAUCUGGUCUUUAUGUGUAGCCAAUCAGCUACUAACUUUUUCACAACUUUCAGAGGAUGUGCGAUUUAUUGUAUGAUCUUGACACACUUCUAUCCAAGUACAUGUGUUUGUCUUAUGUAUGAUCUUAUGUCUUAUGACAAACAAAUAAUUGUGUCUCCUACAGCAGGCCACUGAGUAGCUUGUGCUUUAUCUGCUAUAGCCUAAGUAGUAGCUACCAUCACCAGACUAGGACAUACAGACAGACACUGUAAAGACUGGGAUGGACUUGCUUUUUGGUGCCCAACCCAGUGUCAUUCUGAAUGUGCACAUUCUAAAAACAACCAGCACAUCAGUAGAGGGCCAACUGAUUCAUCAGAAAUCAAUAAGCCAAAAGACAAACUUGAUUCAAACCAAAUGAUGCUGCCCAAUCCAAAUAAUCUAGACUCAAGCACUGUUACUUUACAUAUGGUAUACUUCACUUAGGGUGACAUUUCAUGUACUGUGUAACAUUUAGUAAUUUCCUGUGAUUUAACCUUUGGGAAAAAAACAAUAAUUAUUGAAAUGUUUAGGUUGUAUUUUGUGCGUGAAUAGACUAUUCUUUAAUUAAUGCUUCCUUUUUCCCCCCAACAGUCUACAACUGGGUUUGUAAGCCCCCAUGGACUGUAGAGAAUGUCUUCAUCAUCUGUCACAAGUAAUGUAUGUUCUGUUGUAUGUGCACAUAAUCUUGUAUUUCCUGUAGGUAAGAGAGUCCUAUUACAUGACGGGUUUAUAAACUCAGCAAAAAAAGAAAGGUUCUCUCACUGUCAACUGCAUUUAUUUUCAGCAUACUUAACAUGUGUAAAUAUUUGUAUGAACAUAACAAGAUUCAACAACUGAAACAUAAACUGAACAAGUUCCACAGCCAUGUGACGAACGUAAAUGGAAUAAUGUGUCCCUGAACAAAGGGAGGGUCAAAAACAGUCAGUAUCUGGUGUGGCCACCAGCUGCAUUAAGUACUGCAGUGCAUCUCCUCCUCAUGGACUGCACCAGAUUUGCCAGUUCUUGCUGUGAGACGUUACCCCCCUCUUCCACCAAGGAACCUGCAAGUUCCCAGACAUUUCUGGGGGGAAUGGCCCUAGCCCUCACCCUCCGAUCCAACAGGUCCCAGACGUGCUCAAUGGGAUUGAGAUCCGGGCUCUUUGCUGGCCAUGGCAGAACACUGACAUUUCUGUCUUGCAGGAAAUAACGCACAGAACGAGCAGUAUGGCUGGUGGCAUUGUCAUGCUGAAGGGUCAUGUCAGGAUGAGCCUGCAGGAAGGGUACCACAUGAGGGAGGAGGAUGUCUUCCCUGUAACGCACAGCGUUGAGAUUGCCUGAGAUUGCCUGAGAUUGCCUGCAAUGGCGAAUCCGACCAUUACCCCUGGUGAGACAAAACCGUGACUCGUCAGUGAAGACGAGUCAGUCCUGUCUGGUUCAGCGACGGGGGGUUUGUGUUGUUGCAGGUGAUGUCUGGUGAGGACCUGCCUUACAACAGGCCUACAAACCCUCAGUCCAGCCUUUCUCAGCCUAUUGCGGACAGUCUGAGCACUGAUGGAGGGAAUGUGCGUUCCUGGUGUAACUCGUGCAGUUGUUGUUGCCAUCCUGUACCUGUCCCGCAGGUGUGAUGUUCGGAUGUACUGAUCCUGUGCAGGUGUUGUUACACGUGGUCUGCCACUGCGAGGACAAUCAGCUGUCCAUCCUGUCUCCCUGUAGUGCUGUCUUAGGCAUCUCACAGUACGGACAUUGCAAUUUAUUGCCCUGGCCACAUCUGCAGUCCUCAUGCCUCCUUGCAGCAUGCUUAAGGCACGUUCACGCAGAUGAGCAGGGACCCUGGGCAUCUUUCUUUUGGUGUUUUUCAGAGUCAGUAGAAAGGCCUCUUUAGUGUCCUAAGUUUUCAUAACUGUGAACUUAAUUGCCUACCGUCUGUAAGCUGUUAGUGUCUUAAUAACUACCGUUCCAUAGGUGCAUGUUCAUUCAUUUUUAUGGUUCAUUGAACAAGCAUGGGAAACAGUGUUUAAACCCUUUACAAUGAAGAGCUGCAAAGUUAUUUAGAUUUUUACGAAUUAUCUUUGAAAGACAGGGUCCUGAAAAAGGGACGUUUCUUUUUUUGCUGAGUUUACUACAUGGUUUGGGUAUCAUAAACCCCAAAAAUCUGAGGGGGACAAAUGACAUAAUGAUGGCUGGGGGGUGGGUCCCAAAUUGGAGAAUUUUACAAUCUAGAGC